AUGCAGAGACUCCCCGGUCUCCGCCGAGUACCCCCAUCCCCGCCUCUCCACGCCCGGGCGCCUUCACGUUCCGCUGGCUCGUCCCGGGCGGACGCGGCGACAGCCCCGUCCGAGACCACAUCCCGCCCGCUCAGCGCCGUCUCGGACCCCCGCCCCAGCGCCCAGACUCUGCCCAGGUCGCGAACCCUGGCCCCAUCCUCCUCGCGCGCCCUGUUCCCGCUGGUCCAGGCGUCCCUCCCGCGCGCCCUGUGCCCUGUCUGCGUCCUGACCGGGCGGGAGGUCCUGACUCCCUUCCCAGGGCUGGGCACCGCUGCGGCCCCAGCACAGAGCGGGGCGCACCUGAAGCAGUGUGACUUGCUGAAGCUGUCCCGCCGACAGAAGCAGCUCUGCCGGAGGGAGCCGGGCCUGGCUGAGACCCUGCAGGAUGCUGCCCACCUCAGCCUGCUCGAGUGCCAGUUUCAGUUCCGACAUGAGCGCUGGAACUGCAGCCUGGAGGGGAGGACAGGCCUGCUCAAGAGAGGUUUCAAGGAGACAGCCUUCCUGUACGCAGUGUCCGCAGCCGCCCUCACCCACACUCUGGCCCGCGCCUGCAGUGCCGGACGCAUGGAGCGCUGCACCUGUGACGACUCUCCGGGCCUGGAGAGCCGGCAGGCCUGGCAGUGGGGCGUGUGUGGCGACAACCUCAAGUACAGCACCAAGUUCCUGAGCAACUUCCUGGGGCCCAAGAGAGGAAGCAAAGACCUGAGGGCACGGGCAGACGCGCACAACACCCACGUGGGCAUCAAGGCAGUGAAGAGUGGCCUCAGGACCACAUGUAAGUGCCACGGAGUGUCGGGUUCCUGCACCGUGCGCACCUGCUGGAAGCAACUCUCCCCCUUCCGCGAGACGGGCCAGGCGCUGAAACUGCGCUAUGACUCAGCUGUCAAAGUGUCCAGUGCCACCAACGAGGCCUUGGGCCGCCUGGAGCUGUGGGCACCUCCCCGGCCGGGCAGCCCCAGCAAGGGCCCGGCCCCGCGGCCGGGGGACCUGGUCUACAUGGAGGACUCCCCCAGUUUCUGCCGGCCCAGCAAGUACUCGCCCGGCACGGCGGGCCGGGUGUGCUCUCGGGAGGCCAGCUGCAGCGGCCUGUGCUGCGGGCGGGGCUACGACACCCAGAGCCGCCUGGUGGCCUUCUCCUGCCACUGCCAGGUGCAGUGGUGCUGCUACGUGGAGUGCCAGCAGUGUGUGCGGGAGGAGCUGGUGUACACCUGCAAGCAUUAG